UGGAGGAGUCUCCAGAAUCCCUUGUGUGAAGCUGUGAUGUCAGUCCUGAGGUCACAAAGGUGACCAGGCAGAGUGAGUUCCAGUCCAGAAAGCCUCGGGUGCCAGCGCAGCAAGAUGAGGGUGGUUUGGAGCCCUGCAUAAGAGGAAGGAGGGGCCACAGCUGAUUGCUGUGUCCCCACAGACCUGAGCCUUCUGUUGACCACCAUGGCCAAAAGUGGAGAGGCUCUGCCCCAGGGCUUCCCAGCGCCAGUCCAAGAUCCUCACCUCAUCAAGGUGACGGUGAAGACGCCCAAGGACAAGGAAGAUUUCUCAGUUACAGACACAUGCACCAUUCAGCAGCUGAAGGAAGAGAUAUCUCAGCGCUUCAAGGCCCACCCUGAUCAGCUAGUCCUAAUCUUUGCUGGCAAAAUCCUCAAGGACCCCGACUCGCUGGCACAGUGUGGAGUUCGAGAUGGCCUCACUGUUCACCUGGUCAUCAAGAUGCAGCGCCGCUCCGUAGGCACCGAGUGCCCGGCUGCUUCAGUCCCUCCCCCAGGUCCAAGUCCUGGGUCACUCCCCCAGCCAGGCUCCAUUUACACGGCAGAUGGGCCACCCACCUUCAGUUUAGGUGUCCUCAGUGGGUUGGGCCUGGCGCCUGGUAGCUUCCCUGACCAGCCAAAUUCACUGAUAUGGCAGCCCGUAUCACUGCCUGAGUUUUUGGCUCAGCUUGUCGAUGACCCCUUCAUCCAGGGUCUGCUGUCCAACACAGGCCUGGUGCGCCAGCUGGUUCUCGACAAUCCUCACAUGCAGCAGCUGAUCCAGCACAACCCUGAGAUUGGACAUAUUCUAAACAACCCUGAAAUCAUGCGACAGACCCUGGAGUUCCUCCGUAACCCUGCCAUGAUGCAAGAGAUGAUGCGGAGCCAGGACAGGGCUCUCAGUAACCUGGAGAGCAUCCCUGGUGGCUACAAUGUGCUUCGCACCAUGUACACAGAUAUUAUGGACCCAAUGCUUAAUGCAGUACAAGAGCAGUUUGGCGGCAAUCCUUUUGCCACUACUACUACUACUAAUGGCAGCUGCAGCAGCAGCCAACCCUCAAGGACAGAGAAUUGUGACCCUCUCCCCAACCCCUGGACUUCCACAUAUGCAGGCUCAGGUGGCAGGCAAGGAAGAAGGCCAGGAAGCCGGGAUACAUCUGAAAUUAGAAAUAGAGUUCCAAACUUCCUGGGUAACGUGGGACUCUAUCAGUAUCUCCAGCGAUUACAUGAGACACCCCAGGCUCUAGGGACCUAUCUUCAGAGGACUGCAUCUCUGCACAGCCCAAACCAGGAACCGCCAUCAUCAGGAAACAGAGUUCCCCCAACUUCAUCCUCAUCCCAGGAGCCUAGGUCAGGCCAGCCUCCCCCUAAGGAGUCAGUAGCAGUCAAGGAAAAUUCCUCUUGCCCAGCUUUCCUGAGGUAUUCCUCAGGGAGCAGUGCUGGGCAAGAUGGAGGCCAGAAUGUUACAGGGAAGAGCUCUACUGGCCAUAGCUCUAGCAUGCCUGAUCUUGUGUCAGGGCUAGGCAGUUCUGCCAAUGGGGCUCCAUUCUUUUCUUCCCUGUCUUCCCCUAUGACUGCUACUCCUGGCGCCCCUCAUCCUCCUUGGCUACCACCGCCAGAUCAUCCAAGAUCUCUGAGACCAGCUGGUAUGAAUCAGGCCCCACAGGUGCAGGAUGAGAUGCACCAACAGCUCCCGCUACUGGUGAACCUCCAGGAAGCCACGGGAAACCCCCGUGCCAUGCAAGCCCUGCUGCAGAUUGAACAGGGCCUGCAGAUCCUGGCUACUGAAGCGCCUCACCUCCUACUUUGGCUCAUGCCUUGCCUAGCAGGCAUGAGUGGUGCAGAGGGAGGUACACAGUCUAGAGAAGGUACCUUUAUGUCUGAGCAGCCCCAGCCAACUCCAGCUCUUCAGGUUUCCCCUGUACAGGGCUCUUCAGAGCAAAGUUUCCAUUCUACUCCAUUCCUCCCGAUGCUGCAGGCCAUGGCUGGCAUCAAUCCCCAGCAGCUCCACCCCGAGGCUCACUUCCGGGUCCAACUGGAGCAACUGAGGGCCAUGGGCUUUCUGAAUCCUGAAGCCAAUCUUCAAGCCCUAAUUGCCACAGGGGGUGAUGUAGAUGCUGCUGUGGAGAAGCUGAGGCAGUCAUAAUAGCCCUCAUUUACAGACCUUACCUUUUCCUCUGUGCCUUUUCCCUAUAUCCUAUUAUCCUAGCUCUCCUAUUGUUGAAUACAGUGGCACUAUAAACCAGAUUUACUAUGAUGCCCUUUACAAUGGAGACAAUGUUGCUCUAGAGUCAAUGAGCAAGAAGAGCCAAAAUUGUGUGUGGGGGGGUUUGCUGUAUAUGACUCAAUCACUCCCCCCGUUGUACUACCAUGGGGCCCCAGUCUGAGCUCUCUGUAUGCCAACCUUGAGAUGAAAUUACAUCCAAUGUCCAGUGUCA